GCCUCCCAUGAAUCUCUAAUAUUCUAUUUCCAUCCGACAGCAAGCAGUUAAAAGACUGCACACAUAUGAGAAUGUGUGCGUGCUUAUGUAUGUAUGUGGCUGUCUCUGUCGUCUCAUCAGAUACAAAGAUAGAGAGAGAGAGAGAGAGAGAGAGAGAUCUUGAUCUCAUAUUUCUUUCAUUUCCUGCCUUGUUAUUUAUGUCCUUAAAGAACCUGAACUAUUAAGUGCCCAUUCUCUUCUUCUUUCUCUUAAUUGUCUUCUUCCCCACGGCCAGCUGCGCUCUUUGUUCUUGAGGUUGACACCACCCUAUUUAUCAAAAGACUAAAGAACCAGAAAAUCCCAGAAAGAAGAUGACAGAAGAAGAAGGAAUAAUCUCUUCCAACUGCAGUUUGGUUGAAAACCCAAUCCCUGAAUCCAAUCCUCCUGUUAAGAAGAAGAGAAAUCUUCCAGGAAAUCCAGAUCCUGAAGCUGAAGUGAUAGCCUUGUCACCAAAGACUCUGAUGGCGACAAAUAGGUAUUUGUGUGAAAUCUGUGGGAAAGGGUUUCAGAGGGAUCAGAAUCUGCAGCUUCACAGGAGAGGCCACAACCUGCCAUGGAAGCUGAAGCAAAGAAGCAGCAAAGAGGUGCGGAAGCGCGUGUACGUGUGCCCGGAAAAGAGCUGCGUCCACCACCACCCUUCCCGGGCUCUCGGGGAUCUCACCGGAAUAAAGAAGCACUUCUGCCGGAAGCACGGCGAGAAGAAGUGGAAAUGCGACAAGUGCUCUAAACGCUACGCCGUGCAGUCGGAUUGGAAAGCCCAUUCCAAGACUUGUGGCACUAGGGAAUAUAGAUGUGAUUGCGGAACUAUCUUUUCAAGGAGGGACAGCUUCUUAACGCACAGGGCGUUUUGCGACGCAUUGGCGGAAGAGACGGCGAGGGUUACGGCGGCGACGGUGGCAUCUGAUAUGCACAACGUGGCGGUUCUGGGUAACAUCAGCUAUCAUUUUCUUGGCGCGCCGUCGCUAGCUCCGCCGGCGUCACAUUUUUCCUCCAUUUUCAAGCCGCCACCGAGAAGUGACGACGGGGAAGGCAACAUUCCGAUGAGGCAUGGCGGGCUUCCGCCAUGGAUGAGUCAGGCUCAGAGAUCGGAUUCUCCACCGGUGACAUAUACGGAUUGGGACAACCUUAUUCCGAUCAAGAAUAGCGACGAAAUCUUGAAUAACGCUUCACUCCCUCUAAACAACAUGAAGGAAGUGAGCGUCCCGUUGUUGUUUAGCAGCCAACUUCAGCCCCAUCAACCACCGUCCACGGCGGCGGACAUGUCCGCCACCGCUUUGCUGCAAAAGGCCGCCCAGAUCGGAGCCACCGCCACCGACCCAUCAUUCCUAGGAAUCCUAGGAUCAAAACGCAACAACAACAACAUUAAUCAAGCUCAAGAUGAUCAAGAAAACCCACCAAAAAAACCUCCCAGUCACGACCAUUUACCCCUCCACUAUUCUGUGGAAUCACAAUACGAGAACUUUGAAAUCACCGGAAUUUUGCCUUUUCGUGGACAAGAUGACCGUGGGGACAGCAAUAACAGUUCCAAACUCUUUGGAUUAUAUGGAACAACGUUAACUUCAGUGGACGAUAUCCCAGGCUUGAGCCAUUUCCAGAUGUACCCUUCCAAGCGUCGACACAUACAGAAUGAGGAGGGCGCAGGAGGAGGACAAACUAGGGAUUUCCUGGGGGUUGGGAUACAGUCCAUCUGCCACCCUUCAUCACUCAAUGGAUGGUUAUGAUAUGUUCAUGUAUAUAUUCAUGUGAGAUUUUUAAGUUAACCAGGCCUAGCUACCCUACUGCACCGCAUAAUACGUUAAUUUAUAUAUAGUUGGUCAAAAAUUAGUUUAGUUCAAAUUAUUAUUUUUUAAAAAUUU